UCGGAGUGUAGCAGGUGCAAAGCAAACAUCCUGGGGGGAAAAUAGUGUCCUGUAUUUCUGAUCUGAUGAUCACUAGUCCUUCGUUUGGGUGUCAUUUAUGAACUAAUCUUCUCGUCAGUAGAAGGAAGGAGCUGUUUAGUGUGCAAUCAUGGAAGAAUUCCUACGAGACGCCAAACACUCCCUUGAAAAUCUGGGUGAUGACAAAUCUGUUCAUGCAGUCCUCGGAAACGAGUCUUGCGAUCUGGACUCCGUUGCUUGCUCGAUUGCAUACGCUUAUUACCUGAAGCAGGUGAAUCCAUCUGGAACAGUCAUUGCAGUGGUAGAUUGUACCAGAGAGGAACUUGAGCUGCGUCGCGAAGUUAUCUCUCUGUGCGAGCAUCUUGGAAUAUCUGCUGACAGCUUUAUCUACUACAAUGAUGUGGACAUUACAAGCCUGAAAAGCAAUGGGGCCUUGAAGAUGACAAUCGUGGAUCACAACUCAUUGUCUUCAAGAUGGAAAUUGCUUGAGGCAAAUCUGGUGGAAAUCAUUGAUCACCACAAGGAUUCUAAAGAAGCCGGUGAGAGUGUUUCCGUGUCCAUUGAACCUGUCGGGUCAUGCUCAACACUUGUGGCAGAGAAGAUUCUGUCUGCAGACACUGGCAUCAUGGAUGCCGCACUUGCCACACUCCUUCUCUCCACCAUUCUGUUGGAUACGGUUAACCUUGAUUCGGAGGCAGGCCGUACCACGGACAAGGAUCGGGAAAUCGCUGACCUGCUGUCUCAGAUUGCUGGACAAGAUACCGGUGCACAGGUAUUUGAGCGGCUACGCAAGGUCAAGUUUGAUGUGUCCUCGCUCAGCUCCUAUGAGCUGCUCGGCAAAGAUUACAAGCCCGUGGGUCUUUGCAGUACCUCUGCUGCUCAUGUGGGCAUCUCCUCUGUAACGUGUGGAUUGGAGCAGUUCCUGUCACGCACUACUGCUAAGGAUGCCAUGUGCGACUUUCUGCUCUCCAAGGAGAUCAACUGCCUUGUUUUGAUGUCUAUCUACUUUCCAGAGGGAGAGGACAAGCCCCGUCGUCAGGUUGGGGUUUACUCCGAUGAUGAAGCUGUGCGUGAUGAAGUUAUCCUUGGCUUGCAGUCAGAUGGUGUUCUUCAACUUGAUGCAUUUUCUCCCGAUCAAGCUCUAAGUGGACUGGUGUGCUUCAAUCAAGGCAAUCGUGCUGCAUCUCGCAAAAUUCUGCUUCCUCUUCUUGCAUGCUCCCUUAGCAUUGGUUCAAGCAGUGCAGCACCAGUGAGUCCUGCGGUGACUCCCGUGGAUGCCGUGGUGGCCAUCCCCGGCGAAAGUGAUCGUGCCGCCCUGUUGUCGGAUACUAGCUUUCACUCUACACCGGCUGUUCUGCAGACCGAGACCAGUCUUCGGCCUUCCACUCCUAUCCAGGAGUACACUGCGGAUGAAGAAGCAGUGGAGGAGCGGACAUACAAAGCAGUGGGUGUUGCUGGCGUUCCAGCCUCUGUCGAUCUCAAAGCCAUUGAGAAGUAUCGCAAUGUCGUUUCUCACGGAGGCUACCAGAACAAGUCCAAGGACGCCAUUAUUGUCCUCUCUGCGUGCCAUUUGCCACCAAAGAACAUCCCUAAUUACAACCAUGUGAUGGAGCAACUCUUCUUGUAUGUUGUGUCUGUAGUACAACACCUUGCCGUUGACAACUACUGCAUUGUCUUGUUUAACACUGAUGCUAAUCUGAACAACACACCCGGCAUCACUUGGCUGCACAAGUACUACUCUGGAGUUGAUAGACAUUUGCGAAAGAAUCUGCAGAAUCUGUACAUCUUCAAUCCAACCCUCCGCCUCAAGGUGUUGUUCCAGCUCGCGCGGCCCUUCAUUAGUGCAAAGUUCUGGCGGAAAGUGACAUAUGUUCGAAGUCUGGCUGAGUUGAAAGACUGCAUUCCAUUGGAGAACGUAGCCAUUCCACGUGCAGUCCUGGAUUCCGACACAAGUGGUGCUUUCCCCCGAACAGCCCAUGAAGUAUCCUGUUCCCUAUCUUCUGAGAAGAUCACCAUGUCAACGUAAGCACUGCAUGUACGUGUACGUGGUACUGACUAGCUGGCCAUCAGAUUGGAUGGCUGACUACAACAUCACAUUCUACAGUACCGUCUUGGUCGUGUUAGUGCUUGCCUUAGCUGACACUUGUCUUCUCCUAUCUCUAUCUCCGUGGUGUGUGACACCGCUUGAGCUGCUGGACUUUGAAAUACGUUUGCUUGCUUUCUGAAAGGCCAUUGACCAGCAACGGUGCGCAGCUCUUUGUGUCACUCUUGAGCCACAUUCUUUGUUCUUGCCGCACUAUUCUGCGCUACUCUGCAUGCAUGCAUGCGUGUGUUUGUGUGUGUGUGUGUGUGUGUGCGUGUGCAUGCGUGCGUGCACGUGUGUGUGUAUGUAUGUGUGUGUGUGCAUGCACGUGUGUGUGCACGUGUGUGUGUGUGUUUGUGUGUGUGUGUGUGCACAUGCGCAUGUGUGUGUGUGUGUGUGUGUGUGCGUGCGCGCAUGCGCGUCACUUGCACUUUUCGUUUCAUUCAUUGGUACUUUUGAGAUUGAAUUCAGUAUUUUAUUUUUUUGACCUGCCAAGGAUGAUAGAACGUUCUGCGUUGAAUUCAGCAUUCGCUGUAGAGUAUUUUGCUUUCUUUCUGUCUUUUGACCACUGUUCAUUGUUCUGUGAAGCACUUCCUGUGAAGCCACACACUCGUAAUAGUCUUUAAUAACGGAUUGUCAUCAUCUUUCAUUUCCCCUUAGUCUAAAAGAACGCAGUUGUAAUCGACUAGUAUCCUCUUUGUUUUUCCUAUUCAGACGUCUGUUAUGUCUAUAUUUCUUGGCACCAUGCCCUUUUCUUAUUGCUUGCUUCACUGUGACAUAAUAAUAUACGUGUAUACUGUUAUGCACCAAAGUUGGUUGAAAUCCAGCAGUAUUUGAGUAUUUUCCAAGCCAGCUAUCCUGUCACCCUGGAGCUGAUUAACCCUAUCUGCUACUUGUUUCAUUGCCAGCUAUCCUGUCACCCUGGAGCUGAUUAACCCUAUCUGCUACUUGUUUCAUUGCCUUUUGCAAAAUUUUAUAAUUCUACAGUAGACUACAGUUAUUGUGGCAAACUGCACAAAUCUUA